UGUUGGUGCUUCACGCCGAGACACAUUUCAGAAGAAGAAGCCAGAGCUCGCCACAUGUUGUGUUUUGGCUUUUGCCUUUAUCAUUAGUAAAAAAAAAAAACCCAAUCCAUUGUUAAUUUGGGAGCUCGGACAUGACGAAAGUAAAGAAAGAAAAGGUGGCCGCCGUUGAAGAGGCCACGGCGGCCAAAGGUGGUAACGAGAGGUCUUACCAAGAGUUGGCGGCUAACGUGAACGCUAUCGCACAGCCGCUAGCCACGAGAAAGCUCAGCAAGAAACUCUACAAAUGCGUUAAAAAAGCGUCCAGAUUGAAGAACAUCCGUCGAGGAGUGAAAGAAGUUCAAAAGUUUAUUGGAAAGGGUGAGAAAGGCAUCGUGGUCUUGGCCGGCGACACUCUACCCAUCGACGUCUACUGCCACUUGCCAGUCAUGUGUGAGGACAGAAACCUGCCGUAUGCCUACAUCCCCUCCAAAGUGGAUUUGGGCACGUCCGCGGGCUCCAGGAGGCCCACCUGCGUGAUCAUGAUCAAACCUCACGAAGAUUAUCAAGAGGCGUACAACGAGUGUCUGGAGGCGGUGACCAACAUGCCCAGACCGCUUUGAGCUCUCACACACACACACACAC